UCAAACUUCUCACAGAACUUCACAGGAAAAAUUCACACCCAAUAAGAGACAAAGGCAGAGACCAGAGAGAGAGGUCCGCCAUAGAAAUUGUAACCCAAAAAGCUGCAAACUUUUAAAGAAAAUCUUCAGAAGGCACGAAAGAGAAGUUUAUGUUGCUGACCCGUUCAUUGCAUACAAGUGGUUUGGAGUUUGUUUGGACAAAUAAGUUUUUUUAUCAAAGAAUUAUCUUAAGUACUAUUCCUCAUCUUGAGAAUCCAAAGUUCAAUUGGAGCAGCUGAAGCCAAUAAAGUCUGUCUGUUAAGGAAUUUGGAGUUGGUGUCUGUUUCAAAAGGUUUAUUUGGGUUUUUUUUGAUUAGUAGGAUACAUAGAUUUGAAUUUAGAUUGCUCACUGUAUGGCUAUGGGAGAUAAUAAUGACUCCAUGGUUCCUGGUUUAGAAGGAGAAGAGAACUUGAUUGCUGCAGCAAAACAUUUAGUGAGGGCGCUGGGGUCUAAAAAGAACCUGACUGAUGAUGAGAAGAAAGUUUUGGCGGAUCUUGGCAAACAACUGUCCACCAUAGCCACAGUUAAUGAAACGGCAGUAAAUGAAAACAAGGGUGAAGGAAUUAAUGAGAUUGAAUUGCAGCUAAAUGCUGUUCAGGAGAAGAUUACGAGCUGGGAGGUAGAUGAGUCUAUUAUAUGGGAUGGGGGCUCAACUGAAGGCCACGAGUAUCUAAAUGCUGUAGAUGAAGCCCGAAAUUUGACCGAAAGGUUGGAUAGGUUGUGCGAGGAUAAAGGUGACGAUGAGAAUGAGCUUCUGCGGAGGGCUCACAAUGUCAUUCAAAUGGCUAUGGCAAGGCUUGAGGAAGAGUUCAGGCACAUUCUUGUUGAGCAUAGGCAACCCCUUGAGCCUGAACAUUUGUCUUUCCGUUCAAGUGAAGAGGAUGCGGCAGAUGUUGGCUCAAUAAACUCAUUUGGCGAUGAUUCAUUUGAAGAACCAAUUCACAGAGAUGGUGUGAGUAGAACGUCAGAGGAAUAUAUAGUAGAUUUGGUUAAUCCUGAUGUGAUUUCUGAUCUUAGUUGCAUAGCAAAUUCAAUGUUCCAAUCGAAUUAUCACCAUGAAUGCUCCCAGGUCUAUAUUAGUGUUCGAAAAGAUGCCUUUGAAGAGUAUCUUUUCAUUCUUGAAAUGGAGAAGCUGAGCAUUGAGCAUUUGCUGAAAAUGGAAUGGCGUGCCUUGAACUCCAAGAUCAAGAGGUGGAUUCGGGCUAUGAAGAUCUUUGUGCGGCUAUAUCUUUCCAGAGAGAAAUGGCUUAGUGAACAGAUUUUUGGGGAUCUUGGAUCUCUUAGUUCAGUUUGUUUCGUGGAGGCAUCGAAGGCUUCAAUCUUGCAGCUGCUGAAUUUUGGGGAAGCUGUAUCUAUUGGUCCUCACAAACCAGAAAAGUUGUUUCCAUUUCUUGACAUGUAUGAGCUUCUAUUGAGUCUUAUCCCCGAUAUAGAUGCUUUAUACUCAGGCGAGGCUGGUUCUUGUGUUAGAAACGAGUAUGAUGAUGUUAUAAAGAGAUUGGGUGAUUCUGUGAGGGCAGCAUUUCUUGAAUUUGAGAAUGCCAUUGCGUCAAGCACAUCUACAAAUCCUUUUGCUGGUGGUGGAAUCCAUCAUUUGACAAGAUACGUGAUGAAUUAUAUCAAGACUCUUACUGACUACAGUGAAACCCUCAAUUUGCUCCUCGAUGACUGCGACAGAGAGACUUUCUCGCCUGAAAUGAGUCCAGCUAAGGAAGAAGGGAAGACAAGUGGAGGAACGUCACCUAAUAUUUCCCCAAUGGCUCUCCACUUCCGGUCUGUUGCUUCAAUUCUAGAAUGCAAUCUUGAAGAGAAGGCCAAGUUAUAUAAGGACCCUUCUCUGGUUCACAUCUUCUUGAUGAACAAUAUAUAUUACAUGACUCAGAAGGUAAAGGAUUCUGAACUUAGGCAUUUAUUUGGAGAUGACUGGAUUCGAAAGCACAACUGGAAAUUCCAACAGCAUGAAAUGAACUAUGAGAGAGCUACUUGGAGUUCAAUCCUAGCUUUACUAAAGGAUGAGGGGAAUUCCAGUUCAGGUUCCAUCUCGAAAACUCACCUAAAAGAGAGGUUCCGGAGGUUCUAUCUCAGUUUCGAAGAGGUUUACAAGACGCAGACUGCCUGGCUCAUCCCAGAUCUUCAGCUUCGAGAAGAUUUACGAAUUUCAACAUCUCUUAAGGUGAUUCAGGCAUAUAGGACAUUCUUGGGAAGACAUAUAAAUCAUGUUAGUGACAAGCACAUUAAGUACAGUGCUGAUGAUUUACAAAACUAUCUGUUGGAUCUCUUUGAAGGAUCACCAAAAUCAUUGCAUAAUUCCUACAGGAGGUGAUUGCAUUAUAGACAGUAUGUUGGUACUAUCCCCCCACUUAGCUCUUAUUAUCUUUUUACUUGAUUGAUAAGCAGGUGGUUGUAUUUGCCAAUAGUCCACAUAUGCUAAGAUGUUUGUCUCAUUGUCUGUAACAGAUCAAAUGAAUUACACAGAGUACAGCUUUGUGAUAGCUCUGUACCCUCUCCUUCCUGAUGAUUAUCAAUUGUAGGGAGCAGAAAUUAUUUGUA